AUGACAGCACGUCAAACCUUUGACGAUCUGGGUAAAAGCCAUGGCAAAUACGACAUGGACCGUAUUGGUUUGUUUUCGGAGAUGCCAUAUAUGAUUGGCGAUAAGUAUAAACCACCUAAUUUAAAAGAUAAUAUACGAGAUUUGAAAAAGUCUCAAAUGUAUCCAAGUACUUUAAAAACUAAAACCGGUCUUCAAGACGCUUAUUUUGAACCUGAAUUUAAAAGGUUGUAUGAAAAUGAAAAAUGGCGACCACCUCCAUCGGGAAUGUUUGAUAAAAAUGAAAAUAAGAAAAAACAAGGUAGCACACGACCAUUUAUACCUUCAAGUCCUGCAAAACACCAUUCAACUGCUGGUGAUCAUUUUGGAACAUUUGGUCCUAAACUUCCAGCGAUGUCUAAUGCCAAAAUUCCUUUACCUAAGAAAGAAAAGCUGCCACCAAAUAUUGCAACUAAACCAACUAACACAAGAGGACCUGGAUAUACUGAUAUUGGUUUCAGUCCAUACCCUGAAUACAAGUCAAGUCCAUACAAUGAUAAUAAAAAGCUUAAUAAAACAGAUAAAUUAAACAAAUCUUCGCCGUUUCUAUCGAGUGGUACCUGCGAGUUCUUUGAAAAAAAUCCUUAUUUUAGUAAUGAUCAUACGGCAACGUACAAGAAGAUCACGAAAACUAAAUUUAAAGGAACACCAUUUAUACCAUCUUCAACAAUAAAUCACUUUGGAAAUGGUUUCGAAAAGUGGCCCAGUCAUUCUGAUGAUCGAUACAUCGAUCCAUUUAGAAUUGGAUAUUCGAAUAAAAAGGACAAAAAAGAUGAUAAAUCAAUUAUUACAUUCUAUCCACAAACUAGAAACAAAUCGUUGUACACUACAUCAACGAUUAAGCGAAAAUUAAAAAUUUCAAUGAACAAUAAUAAUUGGCGUACAUAUGAUACAAUUACAUUCCCCACAGAAACAAUUAUUAGAAAAUAAUAAGCUAUAUUUUAUGAACAUUAAAUUAAUUAUUUUUAAUUUUAAGCUAUAUCCCUUUUAUAGGUAAAUGUUCAAAGUUCAACUAAUACAUUUGUACAACAUAUAAAAAAAAAAUAUAUUAUCUACAGAAUAAUAAACAAGUUGCGCGAUCUGGUGAAGUAAUGAUGAGAUUGCUGUAUUUUAAUAAUCCUCUAGAUUUUACCCUUUGCUAAAUGUUGUAAAUUAAAAUUUUGAUCUUAUAAACACAUCAGAAAAUUAUAGAAAUAUUGUGAAAUUCAUUGUGUAGACAACGAUUUAUUGUGGGUGACAGUAGGUGGUAAAAUAAAUGUAAUGUGGUAAUGUUUGAAUGAUUUUUUUAAACCAAAAAAAUAAUUGUUGUGCCAACGAUGAGUUCAAACAACUUUACAGCACUAAAAAUAUUGAAUAUAAUAUGGACUUAUAAAAUCUUAUUUUAUGGCUAACCUGCUGUAACAUUCAAUAUUUUUUUAAACCAACUAUAAAUUAAAUUAGUAAAAAUACAUUUUUUUUAAAUAAAUUUGUUGUGGUGAAAGAACAAUGUGAAGUUCCUACAUAGUGAAAAAAUGAGAUAUUUAUAAGUUCCUACUUGGUGACAAAUUUGAGCCUUAUUUCAAAAUCCAUAAAAUAAAAUAUUUUAUAUUUAACGACUUACGAUAAAGCUGACAUAAAAAUAUUGUAUGUGUCUAUAAGUACCCACUCUAUAGCAUGUCAUAAUUUAUUGUUUACGGUGAUUCGUUAUUGAUAAAAUAAUAACAUUUAGAGUAAUUUCAAUAAAACUUAAAUUGUUUUUUUCUGAUCUAUUAUUUACGAUUUUUGUUUGUGAAUAAAAAAUUGGAUCAAUACAGCAGAAUGACUUUCCCGGUUUCAGAUUCUUCGAGGGACGAUGAAUGAACAUAAUAUCAGUUCUACAAUAAUGUGAUUUUUUUUUUUAACACACUCUUAACAGUAGAAAAAAAUGCUUCCAACUAUGAGGGUGGUUUCUGUUAACAAAUGAGAUCUAGUUAUCACUUUCAGGGGUAAAAAAUUUAAAUUCACCGAUUCUAUUUUUUUUCAAAAAAUUACAAAAAAUUAACGAAAUAAAAAUUAUGAAAAAACGGAAAUAUUUACCCAAAACCAAGUUUUGACAUCUAUUAUCAAAACGAAAAACUCUAGAUACUUUAAAUUUACUUGAAUAUUUCAAUUUAUUA